AUGCUUAUUAAGUCUGGUGUUCUGGGCAGGGGUGAACCAGUCUUCACUCUCGUGGAGCUGAUGUUCUCAUUCAGCUGGCUUCCUGAAUUCUUAAUAAUCAAUUUGAGGAACGCUUGUCAUAAAUUGCUUAACCCCAUGAAGCAAAAGUGUGCCUUAACAGAACUCACCACAGAUGUCCUCGUGUGUCCCCUUCGGCCAGUGGAGCGCUUCCGAGACCUGCGUCCCGAUGAAGUGGCGGAUUUGUUUCAGGCGACCCAGAGAGUUGGGCUGGUGGUGGAGAAGCAUUUCCAAGGAACUUCUCUCACAUUUUCCAUGCAGGAUGGCCCUGAAGCUGGACAGACUGUGAAGCAUGUUCACGUCCACGUUCUUCCGAGGAAGGCUGGAGACUUUCACAGGAAUGACAGCAUCUAUGAUGAGGUGGGUCUGUUCUCUCUGAUCUUAUUGCGUGAUCACAGGGGCUGUCGGUAUGAAGAAAUCAAGCUGAUGAACUAG